CUUACUGUUUGUGGUGUUGCUCGUUUUGUCGGCUAGCUUCCUCCAUAGAUAUGAGCUUCCUCUACCAACAUUACGCUGCCAUGAGUAAUGGCGAUCGUCACCAAUUCAUUUAAUUAACCAGAACGUUUUGUUUUGUUUACAAGUUAUUCACACGUCAGAUGCCAAAUGUGAAUGCCAAGGAAUCUACUUCUCCACCCAAUGGUGGAAAUGUAGACGAACUCUAUAAAACCCCAUCACCCGUGUAUAAAUCUUCCAGUAACCAGAAGAUUAAUCUACCUGAUGGAAGUCAUUUGAAGACUGAUGUGAAUCCAGAUGGCCAACAACUGGAUCCUUCAACACAAACAUACUGUAAUGCGAAAGAAAGAUGUCCCACUAGCCUAAUCGACAGGGAGCGAAUCAUUAAAGAUUUGGGUGUCACAAGCUCUGCAUUUAUCGGACCUGCGUGCCGUCCCAAGCCAUCCCUCGAAAAGGAGCUUUCAGAGUUUUACAAAGAGCUUGAUGAAGUAGACCAAGAACAAGUCAGUGAUGAAACUGACACCAAACCUGCUGGUGUUUGUCCACCUGAAAGUGGCCUACAAACGCAUAUGAACAUUCCUGUUGUGAUAACAGAUCACAGUAGAUCCUAUAGACCCUACCCAGAUCCAUACGAACGCAGCCAAAGAGAUCCAAAAAGAUGGAGACCUCGAUUACCUCAGGAGCCUUGGUAUGUUUCUCCACCUCCUCCUCUUCCACCUCCACCAUGGGUUCCUCCAGACCCGAGGGUUCAUUUCUUUCCUCCCCCGACCUCUGGAGGCCCCGAAAUGUAUCCUCCAGACAUGUUGAAACCUCGGGAGGAUUUCAACAGUCCUCAUGCUUGCAAUAACAACAGCUGGGGCCCAUGGCGAGGGCCUCCGGUGCCUUCAGACAGAUGGUACGAGCCGAGGGGUUUCCAGUCACAUGAGCGUCCGGGAUUCUCUGUGGAGCAUCAGACACCUUUAGCACACUGGCAGCAGCACGAUUAUGAAAAUGAACAAUAUCAGCAGUAUGAUAUUCAUAAUGCUUUGGUGCUCGUAUUGUUGAGGGGAGUCCCAGGAUCUGGGAAAUCCACUCUGGCCAGAGAGCUCCUGUCCACUGGUCCCAAUGGAGUGGUACUGAGCACAGAUGACUACUUUUUCCAAGACAACAGAUAUGCAUUUGAUUCUGCUCUCCUUGGGGAUGCACACGACUGGAAUCAGAAGAGAGCUGAACAGGCGAUGCUGGAUGGCUGCUCACCUGUGAUCAUUGACAACACUAAUGUGAAAGCCUGGGAGAUGAAGCCUUAUGUUGAAUUGGCUUUAGAGAACGGAUACAGAGUGGACUUUCUUGAGCCAGAUACCCCUUGGAAAUGUGAUCCCGCCCAGUUGGAAAAGAGGAACAAGCACGGCGUCCCUCGAGAUACGAUAGCAAAGAUGCUGGAUGGGUUCGAGCGGCCGAUGAAUGUUGAUAUUGUGAUGAAUUCUGUCGUGCCUCCGCAUAAAAGCAAACCCCAUUAACACAGAACUGAUGAUAUCUAGCUUUGCAUUUUAAAACAUGUUGAUGCAGAUGAAGUUGUUUUAAUGACAAUGAAAUAGCAAAAAUAUUUCAAAAAUCUUCUGUUUGAUGUUCGUUGUAAUCAUUACACUUUCUUUUAUAUUUCCUGUACACUUAGUUUGCAUAUAAAAAUGUUUUUUUUUUUUUUGUAAUAUAUAAUGACAAAUGUAAACCGUCCACAUUGAUAAGCGUAGAACAUUGGUAGAUUAAGAGUUUGAUUAAGCGUUUGAUUUUAGACAGGCAUGUAAUGUAUAUUAUGUGCUGAGAUUCAUGAUUAGAUGAUAAAACCACAUCUGUAGUGCCAUGCUGAAUUAGAAUCUUUAGCUGUAUUUAAGGCAUUACGUUUUGUUUGUUUGUUUAUUUUGAAAGGACCAGCCGCUCAAUCUACUGGAUGCUAAUCUAAUCUCAGGGUUUGUGUUUUAGAAAUAUUGCUGGUGCUGUAUGUUGUUGAUGGCUCAUGUGGGGAACAUGCCAAUUUUUAUUCAAUACAGGUUAUUUUUGUAAAUAAAUGUGUUUUUAUGAUGUUAAUAAAUCUUUUUUGCAUCAUUUUUA